GUUCUGAAAUAAUAUAUAUUCAGAACAAGGCAGGUAGCCAACAUUUGGCGUUUACAUUUUUUUGAUUUGUUUUCUUCAAAAAGCAAUUUUAAAAAUGUCCAUUCAAUGUUUUUCUGUUCUAUUGGGCCUGCACAUUAAUUACGUAUUUGCACAAUGGGCCUGUGGGCCUGUGGGCCUUUUCUGUUCUAUCGUGGGAACGUGGGUAAGUGGUACCACUACGUGGAAUCAUUGCCUGGCACCUACAUAAGGAGAAAAACCGGCCAGGGAAAUCCAAAGAAGCAGUUCCUGGCGAGUUCUACUGUUUGGGCAGUUUGGGCAGUUUGUUCUCCUUCAUUUGCGUUGCACUUUUGGUUGGGAUGGAUGCGGUUGGUUGUUUUUUCUGUCGUCAACCCCUGGAAAACUGUGGUCGCCGUUCUAACGAGCGUGCGGUUUCCUUCGAAGUUCAGAUGAUGCAGGGAUUUGAAAAUGGAGUGGCUGUGCCUUGCAAAUUCAAGGAGCAAGUUAGUAAGCUUGCAAGUUCAGAGAACUGGAUGGUGGCAAAAUGCCCAAUGAGGGUUUUUGACUUUUAUCUUGAGAAAGAUGGUACCACUACAACAAUUUGUGGUCCAUACUGGAGGUCCCUUGUGAGGUUGUAUGAUAUCCAACUUGGUGAUGUAGUUUCUUUCACCUACAUGGAAGAAGAGAACAGAUUCCAUCUCAAUGUAUACCAAAUUGUGAACACUGACAAGGUAGAGAAACCUUAUGUUAGAGAACAAGUUGUUUAUGAUGUAAUCCCAAGAAUCAGGAUGCAACUCCACAAGACAAUAUUCACAAACAUCAGAGCCAUCACUGAGGAGCAUAUGGCUGCCAUUACCUUUGGCCUGACCAAAGUUGUGUUGGCUGCUCCAAACCAGGAGCUUGAUGAAAAUGAGUUCUAUGAGAGUACAAAGGAGUUGCAGUUCUUUGCUCAUAUUUAUAAUGAGGAAAAUGUGCAAUUUGAUGCCCUGUACCUGAAUCCAAAACCAUUUAACCAUGUCGGCUCCCCUGUCAAUGGAUUUGCACACUUGUGGAAGAGGGACCUUGAAGAGCCUGUUGUAGCCUGGUACCACAUUGAAGGAGAUGAUCACAUUGCAAUUACCAUUGGGUGGGAUAACUUCAGGGAGCAAUCACAUAUUGUUGAAGGAACUCUCCUUCUGAUGAUUGCAACACCAAGGGCUGAAGCAAUUGUUCUGGACUUUGUGGAGAUCAUCAACCCAUGAAGUAUAGGGUCUAGUUGUUAAGUGGUCAUGUGUGACUUGCUGUUUAAUCUAUUUUCUACCAAUCUAUUGUGAUUUGAAAUGUUUAGACUACUGUGGAAUCUAUUGUGAUUUGUAAUGUUUUAGACUACUGUGGAAUGUACUGUGAU